AUGAAAGCACUGGUAUCUAAGAGAUACAACAUUAAUGUGAGUGUUGGGCAGUGUAGGAAUGCAAAAAAGUUAGCAUUGUCUGAAGUUGAGGGAAGUUUGAAAGAACAUUAUGCCAAAUUAUGGGAUUAUGCAGCUGAAAUCAGAAGGGCUAAUCCAGGUUCACAUGUUGAGGUGUUCUUGGAGCCACAACCUGAUAAUACUGUGGUGUUUGAUAGGUUUUAUGUUAGCUUUAAAGGUGUUGUAGAUGGGUGGUUAGAUGGAUGCAGAAAGGUAAUUGGGGUUGAUGGUUGCUUUCUUAAGGGUGUUUGUAGAGGGGAGCUCCUAUCAGCAGUGGGUAGAGAUGCUAAUAAUAACAUCUAUCCCUUAGCUUGGGCAGUAGUCAAUGUUGAGAACAAAAGGACAUGGAAAUGGUUUUUGGACAACCUGAUGGAAGACAUUGGAGGGGGGAAUGGUCAUGGCAUUACAAUCCUCUCAGAUGGCCACAAGCCAACUCCAGCUCCAACCACAACAUGUCCAAGUCAUUCAACUCCAGAUUCAAGCACAGCAGGGCCAAGUCAUGUGAAGAAGGCUCCUGUGAAGAAGGUUCUUGUGAAGAAGGGUCAUAUGAAGAGAAGUCCUAUGAAGAAGGUUCUUGUGAAGAAGGGUCAUAUGAAGAGAAGUCCUAUGAAGAAGGUUCCUUUGAAUGAUGUUGGUAGGGUGAGAAAGUUUUCAGAAAGAAUCACAGAAAUUCGUAUUCAAAAAAAUGUUAAAGUCAAGGAUGGAACUGGAUGCAGCCAAGACAAACCUAUAACCUUAGAGUAA